AGCUUUUUAAUUUGGCUGACUGACAUUCGAUCAAGAAAUUAUGUAUUAAUUCAACCCAUUCGCAUAGAAUAGGGCCUACUAAGUUAUGUGUAGUACAAUAUUUGAAGUCAUCAGGGAUAACAAUAUACAACGUAGAAAGCCGGGAAUCAUCCAGUCUCCUACCCCUAGGAGCUUCCAGGACGGCCCUUUUCGGCCGCGAGAACGAGACUUCUCGCAUUCCGCACCUCCCAUUCAAACUCUUUCAGCGCACGGAGCUCACUCGAGACAAAGAGUCCACCGAUCAAUCCAUCCAGAAUACCAGCGCCGAAGUUCAGUGUACUAACCAGGAUCAAGAUGAACCCAAUAUACGUACGGCUGCCGACCCACCACACGCCAACCAUGCAUCCGAUAGAGACGAAUACAGAUACGAUGAAAUGGAUAAGUCGCCAGCGACGCUGUGAUCGCUCGCGGCGAACGUAUGUAUGUAUCAUGUCGAUAAUCAGGUCGUAUGUCUGCGGAGACAGAGCGGUGUUGGGUGCCAGCGAGGUUGAAGUCGUCUUUUCAAAGGUGGGCGAAGUAGGUGAGGGUGCUGAUUCAAUCUGAGUUGAGGGCAAAGGAGCUGCUCCGACUGGUGAUCGAGUAAUGACGGCCUCGACAGCGAAGUGGUCGCUCAAUGAGCAACGGAGAGUAGGAUGACGCUGGGUCAUGCCGACCUGUGCAGACUCGACGGACCAGCGUGGUGGAGGGAAAUCCGGGGCAUAGCCACCGUCGCCGACAAAGAUAUAGUCCAGACGUUUGGCGCGAGCGUCUGGGGCGUCCUUGUCUACAGGUAUAUCAUCGCCCUUGUCGAGCUUUUUCUGUAGAGCUUUUGACCAGCGCCAUGUAUUGAACGCGCCAUCGCAAGUAGCACCAUUCUCGAUCAAAUUGAAUUCAGCCGAUGGGAUCGGUCGGUUUCGUGCCUUUUCGACGGCGUCAAUGGCUGCGCCAACGGAUGAGUCGGGAUGUAGCUCGCGCCAGACAUCACGGACAGGGCUCUGGGCAGAUAUCAAGUUGUGGGCAAACGAAGAUGGUAGCAUGUUAAAGUCCCCGAGGCCAAUGACUAAAUGUCCACGCUCAGCAGCGCCGCGCAUGAGCUUGGAGAUUUCCCAAGCUUGAGCAGUACGGUGGCAAAGAUAGGAAUCGUUCGGCUCGCGCUCAUAAGGUGCAUGCAGAUGUGUACAAAAGACCUCGGCGACGUCAGCCACCCCAGGUCCGAAUCGAACUUUGGCACAGGCGACUCCUUUUCCCACGAACCAGUCACCCCGGAAGAAUGCCGUUGGUCGUCCAUUCAGCGGGUACGCAAACAUGCUGCUCUCUUCGAUGGGCCAUUUCGACAAAAUGGCCAGUCCUGCACCAAAGAUUCCUCCAAAAUAAAACUUGCCGUAUGGCAGUAUGUGUCGAGCUUGGUCGCGAAUGCUCUCGUAGUCCUGCUGCGUCCAGCACUCCUGCAGGCCCACUAUUUCUGGCGGCGGGUUUGCCAGAGCCAGCUGCCGCCCAAUCUCGGACAAACGUUCAUGACGAUACUUGGAGAUGUACUUUAGACCCCAGCAAUUGAGGGUCAGAAUCCUAAUGUGAGUCGGAGGCUCAUUCGGAGGAAGGGAAGGGGCCAUUUCAGCCAAGCUUUGCAAAGGUGGAAAUCCAAUCGGUAAGCGACGGUUGAGGGGAAGCUAUUGACCGUCGAUCGGUGAUGUAAAUGCACGGCAGUCAUGCUCACCGCCUUCGGAGACGCGAUUUCUUUUCGCGCAGCUGCGAUCAAGCCGAAUUGGCGCGUUUGUCUUGCGAUUACUCGCUGCUGGUCUGCCUCGAUCUUCUCAUGGAUAGUGCGCGCUCCCGAAUCCGUCGGCGAGAGUCUCGUGACCGGUCUCCCGUGGAGUCGUCGUCGGACGAAUUGGCUGCGGGCCCCGAAAUUGACGAAUCCAAGCUCCGGCGAGGGAGCUGGUCGAACCAGAAGACUUUCUCACCAAAACGACCGAAACACGAGGCGAAAGAGUAUAGGGAGUCUGAGAGCUCUGAUGAGCUGGCUGGCGUUGCAGAGAAUUACUGGCGCGGCUCGCGAAACCGCCGAAGCCGUUCGCCUAUCGACCGUCAUGCCGAUUCGAGCAGCAAUGACCGAUCUCACGGCGGGUCUGAUGAGGACAGGAUGAGCAACGGUGACGAGACGCUGGCUCCAGAGCGCGAUGAUACGUCAGAUCGAUCUCCCACACCAAUGCCUUCGGUGGAAGCACCACUCAAACCCGAGCGACUCAAUUACAAGGAAAAGUUCGUUCUUCGGGGUCACCUGCGCGGCGUCUCUGCUGUGCAGUUCUCGCCUGACUGCUCGAUGAUUGCAAGCGGAAGUGCCGAUGCUACUAUCAAGGUCUGGGAUACGUCGACCGGCCGAUUGAUCUAUACAUUCGAGGGACACCUUGCAGGCAUCUCCUCACUAGCUUGGAGCCCUGAUGGGCAGUGGAUCGCGUCUGGCUCCGAUGAUAAGACAAUUAGGUUCUGGAACGUUAAUACGGGUCGAGCACACACGAAAACCUUCGAAGGCCACCACAACUACGUCUACCAGAUUGCAUUCGCACCCAAGGGCAAUAUCCUCGUUAGUGGAUCUUAUGACGAAGCUGUCUUCAUAUGGGAUGUCCGUCGAGCACGUGUCAUGCGCUCUCUUCCCGCACACUCCGAUCCCGUGGCGGGCAUUGACGUCGUGCACGAUGGCACUCUCAUUGUGUCCUGUGCUCUGGAUGGAUUGGUCCGUGUCUGGGAUACCCACAGUGGCCAGUGCUUGAGGACUCUGGUCCAUGAAGAUAAUCCUCCUGCCACUUGUGUCAAGUUCUCCCCAAACGGGAAAUACAUCCUGGCGUGGACUCUGGACGGCUGUGUGCGCAUGUGGAACUACGUCGAGAGUCGCGUUAUCAAAACAUUCCAAGGCCACGUCAACAAAAAGUACAGUUUGAGCGGCGGUUUUGGCUAUUAUGGCUCACCCGACGUCAAGUGUAAUCCACCCUUGGCUUUUGCCGUGAGCGGCAGCGAGGAUGGCGCAAUUCUUUGCUGGGACAUUGUCAGCAAAAAUAUCCUCCAGCGAAUUGAGGGCCACACCGAUGUCGUUAUAGGCGUCCACACGGGAAAGCUGAACGGGAAGCGCAUGCUCGUUAGCUGUGGCCUUGAUAAGACCGUGCGCGUGUGGGAGGAAGCUACUGAAGAUCAAACCCAUAAUGGCACCGAUCCGUCUCCGGUCGAAGUUGCUACCGAAACCGUGGUGCAAAAUAAUUUCGCCAUCAACAACGAUGAAGACGGUGACAAUGAGAUGGCUGACGCUCCUCCCGAUCCCUCUACUGAGACGACUCCCGCGCUUACGGAGGACGUGACGAUGACAUGAUCUCUGUCGUUUUCUUUUUCGCUUUUACGAUAUUCGCAUCUGCAUGGGCAGUUCAUCUUCUUUUAUUAUGGGAAUGGAGAUACCCGGUGUUUGGAGUCUGCGUGGACCGAGGCAUGAAUAAUGAGAUGCAUUAACCUGGGUUCUGGAAUGGGGUUCUCUUGUCACAGCAAAAGCAUACAACGGUGUCGGGUCUCAUUCGAAGCUUAUUCAUAUUCGAGAUUUUCACGCUUUGGUCUUUGCCCAUCCGGAGUUCAUGGGACGAGGGCACAGCCUACUGCAAUAUUCUGAGCAUUCAAGCUAGUGUCUUGUAGGUAUUCGAUCGGAGCUAGUUUGACUGAGAAGCUAGCACUAGCUAAAAUAAUUCAUUCGCCCCUCAAUUGAGUCCCCAGAGGCCGAAUUAGCUUCUUGUCUUCCUUUCCCAAUUCGAACCCUCGACAGCGAUUGC